UCAGUGCUAAUUUGAAUAUUAUUUCUUGGUGGCAUGUUUCUACAGCAUAAAAUUGAAUAAUAGUGAAAUACGAACAUUCCCGUGAUCAGUCUAGCGCGAAAGUGUCACGUGUACACAUAUUAUACUGUUGUGGUUUUUACUUUUUGCUGUUGUAGUAGCUACAACUCUGAUGCAGUGAAAUUUAUAGUAUUGUUGUAAUGAAAGUCAACAAAUAUACACUUCGAAAGAUAUUUGUUUCAGGAAUUAUAUUAAUGUUUACUGUAACAUUGUUCAUGCUGUUGACUGAACUAAAAAGGAACGAUUUUCUGCCUUUGGUGAUACGAUUAGGCCAUGAUCAAAAUUUUGAUAUAUGUGUAGUUGGAGCUGGCUUGUCCGGCGCAGUAAUAGCGGAGAGAUAUGCUACAACAACAAAUAAAUCCAUUCUUGUCAUGGAAAAACGCAGUCACGUCGGUGGAAAUUGUUAUGACUAUAUUGAUAACGAAACAAAAAUUCGUGUUUCACAAUAUGGUGCGCAUAUUUUUCAUACAAAAUACAAACAUGUUUGGGAAUAUGUGCAACAUUUCAGCGAAUGGGUUCCGUACGAACACAGAGUUCUAGCUCUGGUUAAAGGAAAAUAUGUUCCUAUCCCAGUAAAUAUUGCUACUGUAAAUACAUUAUUUAACCUUGAUAUUAGAUCAGUUAAGGAAAUGAAUUUGUGGUUGAAAAAUGAACAGGUACACUUUAAUGGUACACCAUUAAAUUCCGAGGAAAUGGCAUUGUCUCGUGUAGGAUUGAAACUGUACGAGCAUUUGUUUAAACCAUACACUAUCAAGCAGUGGAAUAAAACACCUUCUGAAUUAGGACCUUCGGUUCUGGCUCGUAUCCCAGUAAGAAACAAUUGGGACACUCGUUACUUUUCAGAUCAGUUUCAGGCAUUGCCGAAAAAUGGAUAUACAGUAUUCAUCAACAGCAUGUUAAAAUCACCCCAGAUCACCAUACGGUUAAAUAUGGACUAUUUUGAUGUCCGAAGAAGCAUUAAAUGUGGAAAAACAUAUUUUACUGGACCGAUUGACAGAUAUUACGCCACAAAGGGUUUGGCCGCACUAGAAUACCGAUCAUUAUCAUUUGAACGUAGAGUUAUAAAAUCUGUUAAUCAUUUUCAACCAGCAAGUGUUGUGAACCACCCUAAUCCUGAAGAUAACUUUACUCGAAUAGUUGAAUACAAAUGGUUUCCUAAUCAACAGUAUCAGUCAAACGACACUGUUAUAUUCAUUGAACGGUCGACAGAUGACGGCGAACCAUAUUAUCCAGUUCCAAACAAAAGAAAUCAAGACUUGUACAAUCAUUAUAAAGUAUUUGCAAAUUCUGAUCCCUAUAUUCAUUUUCUUGGGCGUUUAGCAAACUAUAAAUAUUUUAAUAUGGAUGAAGCAAUCAAGAAUGCACUGGAAAUGUUUAAUAAUACAGUAAGCAAUCGUAGGUCUGUAAUUAAUACUAUACACUUUUUAAAUGGCACGUUUAAUUAACUGCAAUUUGUAAUGUAGUUAUUUACAUAUAUUUGCAUUAAUUAUAUGUUUUGUAUAGAUAGAAGAACAGGCGUGUAUAUUCGUAUACACAACAUUUUUGCAAUAUAUCAAGGAAGACCUGUUCCAUGAGAUUGCAUGUUCGAUAGAAAAAAAGGAGAAGAAUUGUACCAAGUUCUUUGUACUCAGUAAUUAUUAAUUUGAAAACGACAAUAAUGGCUUGUGUCUAAUUUGUCUUGAAAAUAUUGCGGUAGGUAUUUCAACAACAACACGUAUUAUGUAUAGUUUUUUUUAUCUCAUCAACGUUUCGGCUAACGCCUUCAUCAGGAUAAUACACAUACAAAUAUAAACAACGGAUGUGACGUAAAACUGAUAACGUAACGUCAAAUGGCGGGAAAACGUUAAUCAAAAUAUCAAAAUGCAAAUACAUAUAAUUAUAUACAUAUAAUUAGUACAAGGUACUCUAUCCCGGAUAUGAAAAUACCAAAAGUUUCCUAUAGUAAGAUUACAUAAAAAGCGGCGAUAGGAAAAAACGGAAUAGUACCCAGAGUAUAUGUGUAAAUGCACAACUGCACAUGCAUAAUAUUCAUGAAUUUAAUCUAUUGUAAAUAGCAGUUUUGAAUUUAAUCCUUCCGGACUUUUUGUUUUUAGUUUAUGGAUCCAGAAAGUUUCUUUACAGAGACGGUCAAUAUUAUUUUUCACAAUAUCAAUCGGCAUAAAUGAGAAGUCAUUCAUACAAUGAUUAUUUGCAUUAAAGUGUGUAGCAACAUUGGAAGAGAAUGCAGAGUCAAUGAAAUUACAUAUAUCAAAUUUGUGGCUGUUCAUACGUUUGGA